AUGCAGGACAUAAUGGAUACUGGAAUUACUCUUGUCGAAAAUAUAUCAAAGACACGAAAGGUUCUUCCUAUGGAGGCGAUCUAUAUUCUUCACCCAAAUAAGGAGUCUGUUAGCCGUCUUCUUAAAGACUUCACUAGUAAUCCGAAACAUUAUACAUCCGCUUACGUUUAUUUCACAGUCGCUUGUUCAGAUGAACUGCUGCGCCAGAUUUCUACCUCAGGAUGCCUCAAGUCUUUCAAAGCCCUGUCUGUCCUUAAUAUCGGUUUUCUGCCCGUCGAGUCCCAUAUAUUUUCAGUCAAUUGCCACGACACAGCUUGGCUCUACACAUGUCCUUUGGAUCGCGUGUCAAAUAUGAGCAUGCGGCUUGAGAGUCUUGCAGAACAAAUUGCCAGUGUUUGCGUUCUGCUAAACGAGUUCCCCAAAGUCCGUUAUAGAAAGCGAACCUGCAACCUGGAGCUGGCAAAAUUAAUUCAAAUGAAGCUGGCUAAGCACAAAGAAGACAGCCCUCAAUUUGGUCAGGGUACUCACAAGGAUCGGAGCAUCCUGCUGCUGCUAGACAGGGGCUUUGACCCCCUCACCCCACUACUUCAUGACCUCACCCUGCAACCUCUGGUUCGGGACUUGAAAGAGACCGAAGAUGACUACUACAGGUACGGAAACGAUCAGGAAUUUGAGCUUACAGACAAGGACAAGCUCUGGAAGGAGUUGCGAAACGAACAUAUCGCCGACGUAUCGAGAACGCUGCCCACUCGACUGCGAAUGUUUGCAGAGAGCAAGCAGCACUUUCUGGCGUCGAAGAAGAAGGCUGACGACAUCGCGAGAGCCACUGGCGGUGGCGUUAGCACCUGCGACGACUCCAGCGUCUGCAGCUCUCCGGGCUUCGUGAACUACGGCGCCGACGUGCCCAGCGGCAGCUCUAGCAUCUCCAGUGCCAGCGGGAACGCAAGCAGUCUUCGCGCGCUUCAGACCAUGGUGCGGGAAAUGCCCCAGUACCAGAAGGAGGCUGCCAGCUACAACGCGCUCGUGUCGAUGACUGACUUCUGUUUGUCUGCGUGUAGGGAGAAUGUCAAUGCCAUCUGCGCUAUCGAGCAAGACCUAUCCAUGGGUCAAACUGCGCAGGGGGACGUCCUGGCAAAUCCGAUGAUGUCAUUGGUUAAUAUUCUGAAGCCCGAUUCGAUGUCGGAGGUUGUCCGGUUUCGCUUGCUGCUGAUUUACAUCAUAUCACAAGGCGGCAUAUCGGAGACCAACUUGGAGAAACUGCUGGACUACGCGCGUCUCUCCCUAACCUACAAGACUCUGGUCGCGGCGAUGUCCUCAGUCAUUGGCGCACGACUCAUCAUCAGUGCUGGUGGCUCAUUCGACUCGCCGCUGUACAGGGGUCUGCCAGAUCUCGCCUCGGCGCCUCCCUUCAUUCAGCACUUCUUGCCGAUCAAAGGAAAACGCCUGAGAGACGUGGACGAGAACUCGUACGCCCUGUCGCGCUGGGUUCCUUACCUAGAUGACAUUCUUGAAAAGUGCAUCUCCGACACCCUUGACUCCCAGUGUUUCCCCUACCUGCUCAACUCCCACGCGUCCCGACCGCAGACAGGCGCCCUCCUUCAGAUCCCCGAUCAGUCGGCGUUCUCGGGGGCCGGCGACGUCCGGGGUCCUUCUGCCCGUUUCAGGGCCCACUCGCCGCAGCCGGGGUCAGUUGGAGGGCCUGGGGGCGCGUCCUCGCCUGCCGACGUCUCCAUCCAACAGCGUCCAGGCAGUGGCCGAAUCAGGACCGUCAAUGUCCCUGAAGACAUCUACGGCCGAUCACGCAUGAGUGAGCACUGCGGACCCCGGCUGAUUGUCUUCAUUGUGGGCGGAGCUACGUGGCCAGAGACACGCGUGUGCUACUCUGUCACGCAGAGGUGUGUUGAAACGCGAUUGGCCGCGAGUGACAAGUCGUCGUCGUCAAUAACCACCUCCAAAGGUCGCAGCAGCUUCGGGCGGCACUCGCGCAAGUCCGAUGCGCCCUCCCCGGCUCCAAACCUGCACCUCUUAAGGAAUGGUGGUGGAACAGGGUGGAACUGGGAGGUCAUCCUCGGUGGCACGGGUGUGAUCACACCGAAACAAUUUAUCUCCAACCUACAGAACCUCGCGGAAUACUGUUGA